GAAGUCCUCUGCUCCUUUAGCGAGUCUCAUCAUGUUCCUGGUAGGGAGUGUUGUAGGACAACAGCCUCUAGUCAUCAAUACGCCAGCCAACGUCGUCCAAUGCGAGCCCGUUCUCAUCACCUGGGAUGGAGGCGUAGGCCCGUACAAUCUGACGUUAAACAAAAAUGGUGUCCCAGAUAGUCCCGUCGAGGCCUUUUAUGGUCUGACUGGCAAUGCGUAUACUUGGACCGUGAACGUCAAGGAAGGCACGGUCUUGGGGUUUUCCCUGAAGGAUAGCUCCAGUGACUUGGCUCAGACUGCGCCGUUUACUAUUCAAGAAUCUGACUGUGAGUUUCUAUCAAGGCUUCAUGGCUGACCUCGGCGUGUUUGAGUCAAUUAUAGUCAACAAAGAUGAACUACGAUGUUACAUAGAUAUUCUCUGUGAUAAGAGCAUCGGCACGUCAUCUGUUUUCUCUGAUAUCACGCUAAGCUUUAUCAUUUCACAAGUAGAAUAGUUUUCAUAUCUAACGCUCGUAAUGUGAUAAGGUAAACAUUUCCCUUCCCGUAUAGUUAACCUUCU